AUGGAUAUGGUCCUGCAGGCCCGUGGGAAAUCCUACCACUCGGCCUGUUUCCGCUGCGUUGUCUGCAGACAGAAGCUAGAGGAUCAGCCCUUCACCGUGGGCGCGGAUGACAAGAUUUACUGUGUCACAGACUACCAUAAGGCGCAGGCUCCUUGCUGUGCAUCUUGCAAUAAGCCUAUACUGCCAACUGAGGGUUGCCCAGAGUCGAUUCAAGUGGUUUCAUCCAACAACUACUAUCAUGUGGACUGCUAUGGGUGUGAUGUUGACUUUGUUUGA